AGCCGCUGUGGUUUGUUGUUUUCCUGCUCAGACGCGGCCAGUUCAAGUUGCCAUAGCACGGUGAAGCUGUGCUUGUUCUACUGAUAGCUAUCCCUCCCAAUGCGAAAAACCAACGGAUCUUGUGUAACGUAAUUAUAGCCGGUAGCAUUUAUUUCCUCAGUUUCUGGACAUAUGCAUUGUUCUGCAGUUUUCACUAGCUAUAUUUUCAAAAGGCUAAACUAGUUGGCUAAUGUUGGAUUAGCAAGCUAGCUAACGGUCAUAGUAGUAGUAACAGUCGCCACUUGUUGCUAGCCAGGAUGAGCGUUCCCCUCAACAAUGCCAAGCCCAGUGACUGACGGAAGAGGGCAGUUUGAAUUGUAAUGGUUUGCUGGUCAGAUAACUUUCUGUCUUCACGGGUUGCUAAGGUAACAAUGGCAUUUCCGUUAGCUAUGACAAAAAUAUCGGAUGCAAAGAAAGCUAUAAACCAGGUCAGUUUGUUCGUUAAUCUGAUUAACGUUGCAGUUAUCAGUUAGCGUCUUAUGCAGACGAAGCUAGUGCUGGUCACUAAUCGUCAGAAUUUCCCAGUCAGCCGUUUUUCGUCGUCUUCACCGUAAACCUGCCCUGUCCCAAACUAUGGAUACAUCCAGUGAGUCGGAUUCAUACGACAGGACGCGGGUGCACAGGCCUCGGGGGCGUGAAGCCCACCGCAGAUCUGGCCGGGGGAGUGGGAGUGGGAGUGAUGGUCGACCCGUUAACAUCUCCGAGAAGAUCAGCACACUGGCAAGCACUUUACAGGACACCAGCAGGAACUUAACCAAAGUAGACCGGAUGCUGGGCCAAUACAGGGAGCACACGGAUGAUCAGGCUGAAGCCAUGGCACUGCUCAGGGAGAACUUGGAAGAGUCAAUCAAUCAGCUGCAGACGCAGAGAGUGAGCAGAUCCAACGGGGCUCACAGUGCUUCUGCUUCCACUCUGCACACCAGUGACCUGGAGGCUUGCUCGGGAUCAGAUGGCCAGCGUUUCUACCCUACUUCUCCACUGAAAGACUAUACAGGCACUCCAGGAAGGAGACGAAGGUCUCAGUCUGCCAGUGUUCGCUUCAAGGAUGCCAGCUUAAAAGGAGAGGAUAUUCACGCUUUGCACCAAUCCUUGAGGGAUCUGCGCUGUGACCAGCAUAGAAUGUCUGAUGACCUGGAUAGAGAAAUCCUCAGGAGAAAUAGGUCUGAUAUUGACACCCGGCGAGCGAUGGAGAGCCUCACAGAACACGUGACAACUUCCCCGCGACAGGCCUCAGUGUCGUCUCGUGUGGAGCGGCGUCUGCAUGAGCUGGAGAGAGAGAUGCGUGCGGACCAGAGUGGUGCGGAGAGAGCGAGAAGGCAGAGUCAGCGGGUGGCCGUGUCUGACGAGCUGCAGGAGACUUCAGAGAGACGCCAUGAGAGAGAGGAAGCUGUUACAGCCAGGCUACUGAAAACAGACAGUGAGAAGUCCAAGAUGGAGCAAGAACUGGAGAGAGCGAGAAGACUACUGGAACAGUCUGAGGAUAGCAGAGUGUCCCUGGUCAAACAGGUGGAGGACAUGCGUGGCGAGCUGCUGAGGACAAGGAAAGAGCAGACUGAUCUCCAGAGGGUCUGGCUGGAGGCUUCUCAACCUGCUACUCAGCCACAUGGCAACCACACUGACAGGGAGGAGGGAAGAGGGGGACUGCGAGGGCCAGAUCGUUUGGAUCUGGAGAAAGAAGUGGCGGCGCUGCGAGCCCAGCUGCGUACUGCUUCUGUCCUCGGUGAGGUUGAAGAACUGAAUAGAACUCUGGACCACAAGGAGAAAGAGAGGGUCACACUCAGCUUACAGGUGGAGAAAUUGUCAUCAGACCUGGCGCGGCGGGAGCUACAGCAGCUGCAAAUGCUGGAACAGUUGAGGGAGAUUCAGAGCAGGGGGCAGACGGAGAAGAGAGAGACGGAGGCAUUACUCCAGGAGAGCGCGCGGAGCCGGGAUGAACUGAAGGCCAGGGCCCAGGAGGCGGUGCGCCAGUGGAGAGCCAAGUGCAGGAGGCUGCAGAGGGAGCUGGAGGAGGAGCGAGUCCAGGUUCAGGUCCAUACUGACAAGGCCUCGCAGGCAGCAAGGGAAAAGCAGAACUCUCAGGCCCAGCUGAAGGCGCUGAGCCAGCAGACUGAGGCGGCCCGCAGGGAGUUUGCUGAGAUCCUGGGCCGUCUGGCCCAGCGCGAAGAAGAGCUCCACCGCAAGGACGUGGAGUUGUCCGAGACCCGCCAGCGCCAGUUAUCACUGGAGCAGGAAAUCCGGGAGGUGAGGGAGGCCUCCGCUGCCCUGGAGGAGGAGGCUCGGCGUCUGGCCGAUAUCCAGGUUAGACUCAAGGAAGAGAACCAUAGGCUGGAAGAACGAGCGGACACCCAAGCCCGCCGCUGUCAGAGAGAUCAGGACACACAGGCCGAGCUCCAGGCCGCCCUAAAGCAGACGACCUCCGCCCAUGCUCAGCUAGUCCAGCAGUUGGCUGAGGAACGGAGCUCCAAAAAGGAGCUACAGAAGAGCUGCGUGGAGCUCCAGGCUAAGCUGACUGCGGCACAGGAGGAGAGGGCUGCACUGGGGCAGCAGCUGCAGCUCCAGAGGGAGGUGCAUCAGAAAGAAAUGGACAACACAAAGGCCAUGAUGGAGGGCAGCGAGACAAAGAAGUACAGAGAAGUGUACAACAUGCUCCAGCUCUGCCGUCAGGAGCGGGAUGACAUUCAGGCACACCUGACGGAGGUCAAGGCGGAUGCAGCGUCAGGCAGGGAGCUAUGUGGGGCGCUGCGCAUCAAGUUGGACAGGAUGAAGGAUGAGUGUGAUAAGCUGGCAGCACAGCUGAGCACAAAAGAAGAGGCACACACACUUCUCCACAAAAAGUACCAGCUACUCAAACAGGAACUGGAUGACAAAGUCAGGCUGGUUGAGCGGAGACGCGCUUCAGAGUCAGAGCUUGUUAAGAUGGAGGAGAAGGUGUUGCGGAUGGAGGCAGAGCAAGAAGGGGUCCUUACCUCCAUAGGGGAGGAACUAGAUGCAGCUUGUCGCAGCCUGGCUCGGAACGGUGAAGACAAACUACAGGCCAUCUCCCAGAAACCUGGAUUAGUAAAAGACCCCCACCGCUGGCUGGCUGAGACAAAGACCAAGAUCCGCUGGCUGUGUGAGGAGGUGCGGGAGUGCAACACGAGAGAACAGCGUCUAAGGAAGCAGCAACAACAGACCAGGGAUCAGUUGAAGGCCCUUAGGCAGAGCCGGGACUCGGAGCAGACGGCUCUCCUGCAGCGCCUGGACCAGCAGGAGAAGCUGCUGCACUCCCUCGGCACUGAAAAGAGAGAACUGUUGGAGAGGAGUCGCAGGAAGGAGGAAGAAAUGAGCAGCUUUCAGGAUCGUGUAUUGGAUCUGGAGAUGAACACAAGAGUUGCCCUGGACCAAUUGGAGUCAAUUCCAGAGAAACAAUGUCUGAUGGACAACUUCAAAGAUUUGGAGAAGUCCCAGCGGCAGAGGGAAAUGUUAGAGCAGCGCUACACCAAAUACAAAGAGAUCGUCUGGGACCUACAGCACCAGCUGGACGAGUCCAAACGCAGAAUCCAGGAGUACAGAGACGAGAAGCUGGACGCCACUUCCCGGAGCCUGAGACUGGCUGCUCUUUCUUCCUCUAUCAAAGGCCCCAGCACAUUCCUUAGCAGCUCGCUGAGAUCGGACACACUGUCUCCUCACAAACGCCUGACCAGUUCAGACUUGGAUGAUUCCCUUUUCAACGGGGCCAAACCCUUCGCAAAUUAGCUCAACCUCAAGUGAAUAUUUUAUCCGUAUCCCUACAAACCCAAACACACGGUGCUUACAGCUGAGACUAGCUUCUUGGUGCUCAUCCAGAACAAAGAAACAACUUGACUGUACUAAGAGGCCUUGCACUCAUCACUAAUCCGCCUCGACUACCUCAACCACGCAAUCUCUGAAGGUGCUUGGGAACAGAAGGGCAAGACUGUGAGAUUUCACGGCAAACUUUUACAAAAUACUUUGAGGAUAUACUGUAAAGUUUUGAAAUGUUCUUUAUAUUGAAUGUAUGUAAUGAAGUGAACCAUAUGAAAAUGGUUCAAACCUAGAUUCACUGUUACAUUUCUUGCCAUAGUUACAACAUGUUAAACAGCUUUGCUUUGUGCUCUGAUUAUCAUGUCAAUGUGCUUGCGCUAAAAUGAUUUAGUACAACUCU